GCCCCGCAGUAUCAGCCACCUCCCUCUCACUCCUCUCGAUUUACUCCUCACACCUACUCACGUUGAGAGAGAGAGAGAGAGAGAGGGAGAGAGAGCAUUAAUGGCGUCGAUUAAUCUCUCCUCCUCUCCUAUACUCCGAAUCCCCUAUCUUCCUAACCAAUACCACCGAAAUAGGCCAUUUCCCUUCACCCUCCCCUCUUCUUCUUCUCCUCUCUCUGUGGAGGCGACCGAUUCGAGCCACUCUAGAAGCUUCCGCCGCUCGCGGCGGUGCGCCGCGUCGUCCUCCUCCUCCAACGGGCGCGGCCCCGAGGACGACGCCGCGAAGGAGGUCGAGAGGCUUCGAGAAGAGAAGCGCCGCGCCGAGCUCGCCGCGCGCAUCGCCUCAGGCGAGUUCACCGUCCAGCAACCCGGAAGAUGGGCUUCGUCCGUGCGGAAGCUCUUGGUGGGGCUCGUCUUGAGAUGGGCCAGCGAUUUUGGCCCCACGGAAGGUCCCGAGAUCCCGCAGGCGAAGGGGUCGAUUCAAGCUGUUGGGGGGCAAGCCUUUUUUCUCCCCCUCUAUGAUCUUUUCCUCAGUUAUGGAGGUAUCUUUCGCCUCAUCCUUGGUCCCAAGUCUUUUGUGAUUGUCUCGGAUCCGGCCAUAGCGAAGCACAUUUUAAGGGAGAAUUCUAAAGCUUACUCCAAGGGCAUAUUAGCGGAGAUUCUGGAUUUUGUGAUGGGAAAGGGUUUGAUCCCAGCUGAUGGUGAGAUUUGGCGUGUUAGGAGGCGUGCAAUUGUUCCGGCAUUGCAUCAGAAGUAUGUGGCUGCCAUGAUUGGCCUCUUCGGAGAAGCUUCAAAUAAGCUCUGCGAAAAGUUAGAUGCAGCGGCAUCAGAUGGAGAGGAUGUGGAGAUGGAAUCUCUGUUUUCUCGUUUGACUUUGGAUAUCAUCGGCAAGGCGGUUUUUAAUUAUGAAUUCGAUUCAUUAACACACGACAACGGGAUUGUUGAGGCGGUAUACACUGUCCUGCGAGAAGCAGAACUUCGGAGUACUUCUCCAAUACCAACUUGGGAAAUUCCGAUAUGGAAAGAUAUAUCCCCUCGGCAGAACAAGGUUAAAGCAGCUCUUAAGUUGGUCAAUGAUACCCUCACUGAUCUAAUUUCUAUUUGCAAGAGAAUGGUAGAGCAAGAAGAGCUGCAAUUUCACGAGGAAUACAUGAAUGAGCAAGAUCCUAGUAUUCUUCACUUCCUGUUGGCAUCUGGAGAUGAUGUUUCUAGCAAGCAGCUCCGAGAUGAUCUGAUGACGUUGCUCAUAGCUGGCCAUGAGACAUCUGCAGCAGUACUGACGUGGACCUUUUAUCUUCUUUCUAAGGAACCGAGAGUUAUGGCCAAACUUCAAGAUGAGGUUGAUACCGUUUUGGGCGAUCGCCUCCCAACAAUAGAGGACAUGAAGAAACUCAAAUAUACAACUCGUGUGAUCAAUGAAUCAUUGAGACUUUACCCUCAGCCACCAGUCUUGAUUCGUCGGUCACUUGACAAUGAUGUUCUUGGGAAGUACCCCAUUAAAAGGGAUGAAGAUAUAUUCAUUUCAGUAUGGAACCUCCACCGGUGUCCUAAGCAUUGGGAUGAUCCUGAGAGUUUCAAUCCUGAAAGAUGGCCUCUAGAUGGACCAUCACCUAAUGAGAUAAAUCAAAAUUUCAGCUACUUACCGUUUGGUGGUGGGCCAAGGAAGUGUGUUGGGGACAUGUUCGCUACUUUCGAGACCGUCACAGCAACUGCGAUGCUUGUGAGACAAUUCAACUUUCAAAUGGCCCUAGAUGCACCCCCUGUGGAGAUGACAACAGGGGCCACCAUCCACACAACUGAAGGCUUAAAAAUGACUGUUACGCGAAGGACACGACCUCCCAUAAUCCCAAACUUGGAGAGUAAAGUAGUCAAUGUUAAUUCUGUUCCCACAGUUGUUUCAGAAGGGGACCAACAAGGUGAAGUCUCUACAACAGCUCAUAUUUGAUUAAUAGCAACCCUACAGUGUUAUUCAAAUACACUUUGAUUCAACGGUGUGGAACAAGUGUUUUUUUUCCCCCAAUUUUUUUCCCCAAUUGUUGAUCUAUCUUUCGCAUGCUGGUCAGUGUAAGCUGUCUUAGUUAUUUUUCCUACACCAUGUAGUGCUGUAAAUAUCAGAUAAACAAAUUUGUAAGCCAGAUUUGUGGCUGUCUCCUCUGUAUCAACUGGCUCUUAACAGUAUCUUAAAUUCUCUGUUCAAGUGGAA